AUGGGCUUCUUUCCUCUUCUCGCCGGACUCAUUGCCGUCCCAGCCCUUGCAGGCGCAAGCGUUUUGCCUCGCGCAGCAGCUCAGUACCCGACAGUGAACACCACUCAUGGUUACAUACGGGGCACGGGGUCGGAAUAUCGCAAUGGCGUAACCGUCUACAAGGGCAUUCCCUUCGCUGCUCCUCCAACCGGCUCUCGUCGCUGGAAGGCUCCAUCUGCCCCUGAGCCAUGGACAGACGUCCUGGAGGCCACCGAAUUCGGACCUCAGUGUGCUCAGACUUACUCGUCCGCAGGCAUCUUCUCGACCGGCAAGAACACCACCAGCGAGGAUUGCCUGUACCUCAACGUUUGGCACCCAACAUACAACGACACAACGGACCUCGCGUCAAAGAAACUGCCCGUGUACGUCUGGAUCUACGGUGGCCGUUUCUCUGGUGGUUCCGCCGACGUCAAAACGUACGACGGAUCUGGUCUCGCGAGCAAGGACAUUGUCGUCGUGACGCUGAACUACCGCCUCGGUUCUUUUGGCUUCCUUGCACACCCAGACCUCUCUGCCGAGUCCGGCGCCCAUAACAGCUCGGGCAACUACGGCAUCUUGGACCAGCAGUUUGCGUUGAGAUGGGUGCAGGACAAUAUCGCCAACUUCGGUGGCAACCCCGACCAGGUCACCGUGGGAGGACAAUCUGCCGGCUCUGCGAGUGCGCUCGACAUGAUGUGGAGUCCCCUUUCAAAGGGCCUCAUCCACGGCGUCAUCGCCGAGAGCGGUGCCCGCGGCCCCCAUGACCCCAUUACCGGAAGCGCGGCAACAAGCUAUCGCACAAAGGACGCUGCCGAGGCGGCUGGUGUGGAGUUUCUGAAGACGAUGAACGUCUCGUCCAUCGAAGAACUCCGCAAUGUAUCCACCGAGGCGCUGAUCGAGCAGGGCAACGAGAACGACUCCACUUUCGUCGGUACCGCCUUCGAGAACGUCACAGCCGCCUUCAUGGAGCCUCCAGCAUGGCGGCCCGUCGUCGACGGCUACGUGCUGCCGCACGGCUACGGCGAGGCGCUGCAGCUGGGCGACCACGCCGACGUGCCCAUCCUCACCGGCAACAACAAGGACGAAUCCGGCGCCUCGCCCGACACCGCUGUGACCGCCGCCGACUACCUCACCGACUACGGCGCCAUGUUCCAGAACUUCUCGACCGACUUCUUCAAGCUCUACCCGGGCGCCAACGACAGCCAGGCCAGCGCCAGCAGCAACGCCCUGUUCCGCGACCUCAGCCGCGUCGGCACCUGGCGCUGGUCCGUCGAAUGGGCCGCCGGCGGCGCCAAGAGCAACGUCUACACUUACUACUUCACGCACGCGCCGCCGGAGAACCAGGAAGCGGGUGCAUACCACGGCGCGGAGCUCUGGUACGCUUUCAACAACAUCCCGUACGCCGCGUACGACAAUGCCACGUGGUCCGAGGAGGACUACGAGAUCGAGAGCAAGAUGGCUGGGUACUGGGCCAACUUUAUCAGGACAGGAAACCCGAAUGGUGGAAACCUCACGUACUGGGAACCCUCGACGGAGGAUAAGAAGCAGACUAUGUGGCUCGGUGACAAGUGGGGUGCGGGAUCCAUUUCUGAUGAAGACGAGCGGAUCAGUUUCAUCGAGAGCUGGUACUCUACCUUGCAUCAGUGGUGA